UUCAUUAGUUGUUUUGUUUUUAUUCAAAGUUGUGCAAGGCAUAGAUAAUUGACACUUAGGAAUAUGAGUGAUUCGCCAUCAUCAGUUGCCGGUGUUCCUAGUACUCCUACUACUCCAAAUAUCUCUAUUGGGUCUACUAGCGGCUCAUCGACAUCUAGUUGGUUGGUCAUCUCAGUUGUAGGAGAAAAGUUUGUUCCUAAUGGCCAUUUUAUUUCGAAGAGCAUCACAGAAACAUUCAAGGAACGACAAGAUGCUACUGGUUACUCAUGGAAGGAUGUUAGUGAAUCCACUAGUAAAUUCUAUUGGCAUGAAUUUGUGAAAUUAUAUCAGUGGAACCCUUCUGAGACUACCGUAAUCGAACACACCUAGGGUAAAGUGGCAUCCACCUUAUACUCUAAGAAAUUGCACCGUUGGCGAAAAUGUCCCAGACCUACUUGUGUUCCGGAAGAUGUAUGGGAAAGCUGGAAGACAUAUAAUGGCUGGAAAAAUCUCGUAUCGCCACUCAAAAUUGACACAAUGAGACCGGUGGUCCAGGCACUGGUCCAAGCAAGCAUACUGGUGGUCCUAAAUCAACAGUGGAGUAUACUAUAAAAUUGGUAUCAAAUUUAACUUUUUAAUAGAGUAAUUCUCUAACCUUAUCUUGUACUUCUAUAUUAAACUCUAUUUUCUAGGCAAUAGACCUACGUCGUCCUGCAAAUUCAUGGGAUGCCUUUAAGAAGCUGCACAAAAGAAAGAAUGGUAGCUUUGUUGAUCCCAAGUCUAAGGGCAUUAAUGAUGAAAUGGAGGCUAGGGUGGUUGCUUCUAUAAGCUCAUCAGAUGAUUCACAAGAAGUUCAAGAACUCGAUGUAAAUCGCAUAUACUUGGAUGUUGUGGGUAGAGAGAAAAAACGACGUGUGUCUGGAUUGGGCUCUCAAGCUUUGACUAUGUAUAAAGAUUAUAAUUCUGCCACUUCACGCAAUAUAGUGACUGAUCGUGCUGCUGAAGAGCGCAUCAAAUUACUUGAGGAAGAGAUGUUGCGAAUGAAAGAAAAUCAAGAGAGAAUUCUUCAGGAGCGUGUAGAGGCGGAAGUGCAACAACGCGUAGAGAAGGAGGUCUCGGAUCGGUUUAAGUUUAUGGAGGAUUGAUGGUGUCACAUGAUGAGCGUGAUGGCGUUAUCUUCUCGCUCAUCUGAUAGUCCUACUCUCCCUAACAUUUUAGACUUUGGUUAGUUGGAUAUUCUAAGUGUUGUUUUCAACGUUGUUAGACUUUUGUUAGUUGGAUGCUUUGUAAGUUUAAAAAAUUUGUAGACUUGUUCUUAUUGAAGUUGUGUAUUUGCAUGUUUUAACCGUAG